CAACUCUGACAGAGAGUCUAAAUGACAACUUGUCAAACUUCCGUCUUUUGGAUUUUGGUCGGCUUUGAAGGUCUAUCAAACUUUGGACAUGGGGGCCUACCGGUAUAUGCAAGAGUUGUAUAGAAAGAAGCAGAGUGAUGUUAUGCGUUACCUGCUUCGUAUCCGCGUUUGGCAGUAUCGUCAAUUGACGAAAUUGCAUCGCUCGCCCAGACCAACUCGUCCAGAUAAGGCUCGUCGUCUGGGAUACCGUGCAAAGCAAGGUUAUGUCAUUUAUAGAAUUCGUGUUCGCCGUGGUGGUCGCAAGCGCCCAGUGCCUAAGGGAUGCACAUAUGGAAAGCCUAAGAGCCAUGGUGUUAACCAACUUAAGCCUUACCGUGGACUGCAAUCUAUUGCUGAAGAACGUGUUGGUCGAAGACUUGGUGGUCUGCGUGUUUUGAAUUCUUACUGGGUGGCCCAGGACGCUUCCUACAAAUACUUCGAAGUUAUUUUGGUGGACAUCCACCACAAUGCAAUUUGCCGUGACCCUAAGGUUAACUGGAUCUGCAAGCACGUGCACAAGCAUCGUGAACUUCGUGGUCUGACUUCCGCAGGCAAAAGCUCUCGCGGUAUCGGCAAGGGCUACAGAUAUUCGCAAACCAUUGGCGGAUCAAGACGUGCUGCCUGGAAACGCAAGAAUCGCGAGCAUAUGCAUAGAAAGCGUUAAGCACUUAUGUUUCAGCCAAAAAACAUUUGAAAUACAUGUUAAUAAUGGUGUAUACAGUAA